ACUCCAUCUCAAUCUGUUCCCAGACUUGUCGUGCAGUUCAGGUGUCUUCAUGGUGUGUGACAUCCACACUCUUGAUGCAGUAGCAGCAACAUUGUCCGCCUCGACUCGUCCGCCAUCUCCACCUUCAGCAGCUUGCACAGCGCAGUUGAAGCAGCGGCAGUAGUGAUGGCAGCCCUCGCAGCUACUUCCGCGGCCUCCGUUGCCCUGAUUGCACCCCAGGCCUCAUCCGGUGCCGCUGUCAGCACCAGGGGUGUCUCCCUUCGCGUCUCUAGCCUCCAGGGUCAGAGACUCGUAGCAGUGUGCAAUAGUCACCGUGUGGUGGCUAAAGCCGCAGCCGCCCCGGAUGCCGCCGCAGAGGCGCCCAAGGGUUUUACCCCGCCAACAUUGAACGCCGACACCCCCGCUCCCAUCUUCGGUGGUAGCACGGGUGGUCUUCUUCGCAAGGCGCAGGUUGAGGAGUUCUAUGUCAUCACCUGGGAAUCACCCAAGGAGCAAAUUUUCGAAAUGCCCACCGGUGGAGCUGCCAUCAUGAGGUCGGGACCUAACCUAUUGAAGCUCGCAAGGAAGGAGCAGUGCCUUGCCUUGGGCGCCAGAUUGAGGACCAAGUUCAAAAUCCAAUAUCAGUUCUACCGUGUCUUCCCCAACGGUGAGGUGCAAUACCUUCACCCUAAAGAUGGUGUGUACCCUGAGAAGGUUAACGCCGGCAGGUCUCCAGUAGGAGUUAACAACAGGAGCAUUGGAAAGAAUGCAAACCCUGCGGAGCUCAAGUUUGCCCAAAAGCAAGCUUAUGAUUUGUAGACAUCACUUUUUCUUGUAGAGUAGAAGGAUCACUUGGUUGUAACUUUCUAAUUUUUCUACAAUGUCCUGUUCCUUCAUUUCAAUUGAGACCUUCGCCUGUCGGCAUUGCUUCUCUUAGA